AACAGUGUGAGGUGCUCGGUAUGUGGGUGAGGGUGGCGCCAUGUCGGGAGGCCUAGGACAGAUGUGAGGGGAGGAGGGAUGUGCAGUACUGGGGGUUUGCUGGGAAAUCAUGUGCUUAUGGCUGGAGAAAGGGAAAAUGCUGAGCUUCUAUGGAAGAGGUCUGAAUAAAACAAAGCUGCAAAAAUGUCCAAGCGACCAUCAUAUGCUCCACCUCCAGCCCCUGCCCCAACUACACAAAUGCCCAGCACACCAGGGUUUGUGGGAUACAAUCCAUACAGCCAUCUUGCCUACAACAACUACAGGCUGGGAGGGAACGCAGGCAGCAACAGCAGGGCCACGGCUUCAUCAGGCAUUACAAUACCAAAGCCACCUAAGCCUCCAGAUAAGCCAUUGAUGCCAUAUAUGAGAUACAGCAGGAAGGUCUGGGACCAAGUGAAGGCUUCCAACCCUGACCUUAAGUUGUGGGAGAUUGGCAAGAUCAUUGGUGGGAUGUGGCGAGACCUAACCGAUGAGGAGAAGCAAGAGUACUUGAACGAAUAUGAAGCUGAAAAGAUUGAAUACAAUGAAUCAAUGAAGACCUACCACAACUCUCCUGCUUAUCUCGCUUACAUCAGUGCCAAAAGCCGAGCAGAAGCCGCCCUCGAGGAGGAAAGUCGCCAGAGGCAGUCGCGAAUGGACAAGGGGGAGCCAUACAUGAGCAUCCAGCCUGCUGAAGAUCCUGAUGAUUAUGACGAUGGCUUCUCCAUGAAGCACACAGCAGCUGCCCGUUUCCAGAGGAAUCACAGACUGAUCAGUGAAAUUCUGAGUGAAAGUGUGGUGCCUGAUGUCCGGUCAGUGGUCACGACUGCUCGAAUGCAGGUUCUUAAAAGACAAGUUCAGUCACUCAUGGUGCACCAGCGCAAGUUGGAGGCAGAAUUGUUGCAGAUAGAGGAUCGCCACCAAGAUAAGAAGAGAAAAUUCUUGGAAAGCACAGAGUCCUUUAACAAUGAGUUGAAGCGGCUGUGUAAUUUAAAGGUGGAGGUGGAUAUGGAUAAGAUUGCAGCAGAGAUCGCCCAGGCAGAAGAGCAGGCAAGGAAGCGGCAGGAGGAGAGGGAAAAGGAGGCUGCGGAACAAGCAGAGCGCAAUCAAAAUGCAGCUGCUGCCGCCGCCGCCACCGCUGCUGCAGAGGAAGAGCAAGAAGCGGCAAAACCAGAAGAAAAGACUGAAGAGGAAGAGGCCCCAAUGGAGACGGAAGACACCCCUUCCCUGCCCCCACCAGAUGAAACCAGUGAGAGCCAACAGAAUGGCGAGGAGGGAACAUCAACCCCAGAUGACAAGGAGAAUGGGCAGGAGGCAGUGGACAGCACCCUAGAUGAAGGGACCACCGACAGCAACACUGGCUCUGAGAGCAACAGCGGCACCGUGGAAGAACCCACCACAGACUCAGUAGCGGAAGAGCCUGAUCACAAGAACUGAACACUCUUGAUUCAACUAAAUCUGUUUUGUUGUGUUAUCUGUGUCUGCAUGCUGGCCACGGGGAAAGCCAUUCCUAGAUGUAUUGGGCAAGUGCCACGACACACGUUUAGCAUCUACUUAGCCUGGUAACCCUCAGGUUUUGUUCACUUCUCAUCGGACAAAAGGCUCACACAGGGGAUCCUCCUCCCAUGAUCUGUAGGAAGUUACAGCAAAUGUGGGUCCGCUGUGUCCCUGUAUUUGUAUUCACCCAGUUAGUUUAUCAAAGCAAAAAGCCAGCAGGACUUGGGAGAUGAGGGAUGGAUAGAAAGUAAACUUUUUUUAUAUAAUUUUUAUGUUUAUUUGUUUUUUUACAAAUGAAUUCCAAAUAAAUGAUCCCAUCACACA